AUGCACUUCCUCCUCCUAGGCGCAACAGGCCGAACCGGCAAAUACGUCGUCUCCGAACUUCUUUCCCAGCAUCACACCGCCGUCGCUCUUGUGCGCGACGCCAGCAAAGUCGCUUCUCAGCCUGGUAUCACUGUCGUCACCGGCUCUCCCCUCUCCAAAGACGACAUCUGCCGUUCUCUUACAGCUGCUCCAGGCUUGGUACCAUCUGCAGCAGUCAUCACUCUCAACACAGUCCGCAAAUCAGACAGUCCCUUCGCAGCCCAAGUUUCGCCACCUCGCUUUCUCGCAGACUCAUGCGCCAAUGCAUGUGAGGUUCUGAAAGAAGCUGGUAUCAAGCGCAUCGUCGUCAUGUCAACUGCAGGUGUUGGAGACUCGUGGGCAAAGCUUCCGUGGGUGAGUAGAGCGUUCAUGGGAUGGACGAAUAUCAAGUAUGCUCUGGAGGACCACAAUAUGUUGGAUAAAGAGAUUCGAUUGACGGACAUGGACUGGACUCUUGUGAGAUCUGUGAGAUUGGAGUUUGGGAAGGAGGCUGACAAGGAGGUUGAGACUCUUGGUAGUGCAGGUGAAGGAAUGGGCAUGGCUGAUAGUGUCACGCCGAAUAGCGUGGCGAGAUUCUUGGUCAAAGUAGCGGUUGAGGGAUCCUUCGUUAAGGAGGCUGUUGUUGUCCGGAACUGA